AUGGAAAGUUGCAGAUUUACUGUCAUCAUUGUUGGUGGCUCGAUUGCUGGGCUCACACUAGCACACUGUCUAGAGCGUGCGGGAAUCGACCAUAUCGUGCUUGAGAAGGGGACUCAUGUUGCUCCCCAGGUGGGUGCGUCUAUCGGCGUUCUCCCGAACGGAGCCCGCAUUCUCGACCAGCUCGACAUCUACCGCGAGAUCGAGCAUCAUAUAGAGCCGCUGGAAACGGCAACCGUCUGCUAUCCAGACGGGUUUAGCUUUAGUUCUUCCUACCCAAAGCUGAUAUAUGAGAGAUUUGGAUAUCCCAUCGCCUUCCUGGAUCGUCAGAAAGUGCUGGAUAUCCUCUUUCGGUCAUACUCUGGCAGCAAGAGUAUACAUCUCAAGGCUGAGGUCAAAGGCGUGGAAACGUCCAGUGACGGUGUCAUUAUAACAACCACUGACGGAGCCAGAUACCAUGGUCAUCUGGUGGUUGGUGCCGACGGCGUCCACAGUACUAUCAGGUCAGAGAUCUGGAAGACAGCACCCGUCGUGACAGAAGUUGAGAAAAAGAGCAUGACCGUAGAAUAUAGCUGCAUUUUCGGGAUCUCCUCUCCCAUCCCCGGCCUCCAUGCAGGACACCAAGUCAAUGCGUUCUUCGACCGUCGCACAAUUGUCACCAUUCAGGGCAAGGGCGGUCGUAUUUACUGGUUUGUCAUUCAGAAGCUACAGCGGAAGUACAUCUAUCCCAAUAGUCCUCGUUUCACCAGCAGUGACGCCGCCGCAGCAGCAGAGCGUUUGCGUGACGUCUUGAUUUACCGUGAUGUUACCUUCGGGGCCCUCUGGGAUCGCUGCGAGACCGCAUCAAUGACCGCACUGGAGGAGAAUGUCUUUCGAACCUGGCACCAUGGCCGGAUGGUGCUCAUUGGUGACAGUGCCCACAAGAUGACCCCGAACAUCGGUCAGGGGGCGAAUGUGGCGAUCGAGGAUGCGGCCGCACUGGCAUCGCUUUUAAGCAGUCUCCGCAAAUGCGAUGUCCCAAGCUAUUCAGAGAUUGAAUCUGUUCUACAGCAGUACCAGCGAGCCCGCUAUAAUCGAGUGUGCUCGGUUUACAGCAUGUCCCGGUUCCUUGUGCGGCUGCAGGCCAGAGAUGGCCUCUUGUAUACCAUGUUCGGCCGCUAUUAUGCCCCCUAUGCUGGAGAUCUCCCAGCAGAUGUAGCGUCAGAGACAAUAGCAAGCGGGGAAAUACGUGGGCUUACAAUCCUGGGCCCACCAAAAGAUCGCUGGAGACAAUAUCACGCCAGCAGGGGAAACAGGGUAGCGUGGCUAGGCCCUGUCCUUGUCCUUGUACUUAGCCUGUUAUUUAGCCGCUACGGUAGAUGA